AUGGGAAUCAAUCACCACGCCGCAAGUGGAUUAAUGAUCACAACUGUAGCGAGGCUUCGCGCAGGAGUUCCAUCAACUCUGAAUGCCUUUUGCUUAGCCGAUUACCAGCAAGGUACGAGUCCUCAUCUUUGGGGUUUUCCGAACUACGACAGAAACACCCUUCAAGCAUCGUUCUACAAUGAAGGACGAAAAGGGCAUCACAACAAGAAUAAGUAUUCUGGUGGAUAUUACAACCAUUUCUAUGGCGGUUACAAUCGCGACAAUGAUUACACAAUUGUCAGCACAUAUUUUCCAAAUGUCGAUGAACGAUGCAAUCGUCUGUUUGUUGUCGACACUGGAGAUCUCUACUAUUCGCCAUCAAUUAGCUAUAAUGUCCAGAAUCCGGCACUUCUUGUUUAUGAGCUUCCUGCGAAUGGAUGUCAAACGCGUAAUUUCCCAUUAAUAAGACGCGUUGAAAUUCCCAAUCAUCUCUGGAACAUUAAACUUGGCUUAGAUUUCAUCAACUUCGAUUAUCAGUCUAAAGGCUCUUGCGAUGAUGUCUUCUUGUACAUCACUAAUGACUCUGACGGCGUUCUAAUUGUCUAUGAUUACAAACGCGGAGAAUUCUGGUCUUUUGAUGAUGUUUCCAUGAAGCCGGUUCAAGCCGAAAGAUUCGUUACUUUUGAAGAUAAAGUAUAUGAGUUCCCAUUGGGAAUAGUAAGUGUUGGUCUUGGAUAUCUAGAUAAAGAUGGCGAUAGGAAUGUUUACUUUGGCACUGGUUCAACUGAAGCUGAGUACUUAGUCAGCUCAAGGGUGCUUAAGAACAAGAAGGCAUCCUACUCUUCCAAUCCAGAUGAUUUCAAACAAAUUGGCUAUCUUGGAUGCAAUACUCAAAUCUUCAAGCACGUCUUCGAUCCAACAACAGGAGUGAUUUUCUUCGGCGAAACGAAUUCGAAGAGAAUCAGCUGCUGGAACACUAAACUUCGUCUCAGUCCAGACACAACUGGAGUUGUUUUGGAGUCAGAUCUUCUGCUAUUCCCGGCUGACAUGUAUAUUGAUUCGGAAGGUUAUCUCUGGUUCCUCGGAAAUCAUAUGCCUCUUAUAUAUUUAACUGAAGAUCCUCUAGAUUUAACCAAUGUCAACUCCAAUGUACUUCGCGUGAAGACAACUGAUGCCAUCAGAGGAACUGUUUGUGACGUACAAAACACCUAUAAUUAUUAA